UUAUGGCAGACAAGCAUUGAUCCAUAUCAACCUAGAGCUAUCUUUCUGGUUUCAGAUUCUUACUCUCUCUCUCUCUUUUUUUUUCAAUUUUAUAGUCGCAAACUUUUCUAUAUCAAUGCAACAUAAUACAGUGGAUAGAUGCUGUGGUCUUGAAACAUGAAUAUCGCUGCAUCUGUGUCUGCUCCAUCCACUCCAACAGAGCAGGUGAAACAAAUUCACAAUGCAUCAGCGAAGAAAAAAGCGAAACAUAGCAAUCGAGUGCAUUUCCCCGUUGAUGAGAUGCUGGUGACUUGCUAUCUGGAGCCACCGAAUCCUUGGUCUAAAGUGUAUGGAAAUACAUUAAACACUCUUAUCUCUGCAUAUGUGGCUGCAUGUGAUAAACAAGGAAUAAAACCUUUGUCAUGUGUUUUAGACCAGUUACAGGAAUAUCAAAGUUCUUCACAUAAAUUAGAAGCCAAUCCUCGAGCAUUCGACCUAUCUAUUUUAGGGGAGAAAUUAAGUUUGAAGCACUGUGAAGCUUUAGAAGAAGUUUUAAGAAGAUUACAAUUUCAGUUAAUAGAUUUAGAAGGCUGCUAUUUAGAAGAUGAGGGUGCUGCUGCUUUUUUUGAUAUGAUUGAAUAUUAUGAUUCAGCAGUUCAGUUAAAUAUAUCAUUCACGAAACAUAUUGAUUGUCGUGGAUGGCAAGCUUGUUCACGAAUGUUAAAAAAGACUGCAUCCUUAGUGAGUAUGAAUGCUAGAAGUACAGGGCUGAAUGAACAAGUUCUGUUGAUUAUUGGUCGGGCACUUCGAUUGGGUUCCAAUUUAGUUACUUUGCAUUUGGAAAAUUGUGGUAUAUUUGGAAGAUGUCUUGUCAUAUUAGUGGCUGCAUUGAAAUUGAAUACCACAUUACGAGAACUUUUCUUAGCAGAAAAUAAAAUAUCCUCAGCUGAUGGAUUUCAAUUAGGCAAUUUGCUUCGGACCAAUACUCAUUUAGAGCUACUAGAUUUGAGUAAUAAUAAAUUAGGGGAUGAGGGUUUGACUCAUGUGAUGGAUAGUCUCGGACAGCAGUCCAAUACCUCUGGCAGAGGUCUGUACACUCUGAUUCUUUGGAAUAAUGAACUCACUGUCAAAGGAAUGCCAUGUGUUUCAAGGGCUUUAACUGCUGCACGAGCUCUAAGGAGAUUCAAUAUGGGUAGUAAUGCUAUUACUAGUGCAGGAAUUUUAGAAUUGAAGCAAAGUUUCAUAUGUAAUAGGACUAUAGAAAUUUUGGAAUUAGAAAAUGCCAAAAUUACAUCCGAAGGAGCCACAGCUUUAGCUGAAUAUAUAUCUCAAAAUCAGUUUAUUCAGAAGCUUGACAUUAGAGGUAAUGAUAUACGAUUAAAUGGCCUCACCGCUCUUAGUGAAGCUGUGAUGAAAAAUCCUAAUAUUGUAAGUCUGAAAAUUGAUCCUACUUCACUGGAUUUGAGUGAGCCCAUAAAAGAUCGACAAGAGAGACUUCAAGAGAUUAGUAAAGGUUGCCAAAGGAACAAAGAGGCGAAAAGUAAUCUUCCUCCUCAAGAUGCCCAGCUGUCUUUUCUGUUUAACGGGAUCUUCUCCCAUGUGCUUCCUACCACUGUCUCCAGAGACAUUUCACCAAAAGGUGAUUCCCCACCAAAGGCACGAAAAGGACGCUUUCAAGUUUCAGUGGUUGUUCAGGACAAUUUGACUUCAGCGGCCAAAUCACCGAGCGAUGUUGCUCGUUCCAUGUCAUUAGACACUAGUUACCUUUCUUUUGGGACUCAUGACCUAGUUGGACAGAUGACAAAGGACAAUGCUUCAGAUAGAUCCAGAAGGCAAUCUGUUAAUAUUCCUAACAGUCUUCAUUUGGAGCCACUCAAAAUUGAUACAUCCAAUGAUCUGAUGGAUAAGUCAGUUAAAAAUAAUCAAUCUGAUAGUCUUGUUAUGGACCGUGUGAAAUGGUUGGAAGGAUUGGAAACAGCCAAUGAAGAAAUGUGUACUACCUGCUCAUGUAAGGAUUCAGAAAACUCUGAAGUUUUCCUGUCAAAUGACGAGAUCAGGGCUAAUUUGUCUAAAAAAGGUCUUACCCUCUCCCUCAAUGAAAUCACUGGAGAUGUUCCAGAAAUAGAGCCCAAAGUUAGACGUUCAAGCUCCCCAACCAUCUCAAGUGCACCUAUUGUAUGCAGGAAAACUCAUCGUAUCAAGUGCUGCAAAGAACUUGAAGGGCUUGAUUUGCGCACUACUGUGCCACUUUCACCUACAAGGUUACAUGAAAGCUUUGAUUUCCCUGAAACUCAAGUCACUGAAGUUCCAUUAAACAGUCAGAUGAAUAUGAAGUCCUCUCAUGCCGUGUAUAUGGUCCACUAGAUGUAUGAAAUUAUUUCUUAAAUAUUUUAUGGAACUGUUGAGAAAGUUCAGAUAUUUAUGUGAAAGUUUAUGGACUUGUAAAAGAAUGUAUAUUUAUGCAUUGCCCUCUUGCAUUAUCCACACUAUACUAUUGUGUAUAUGAUUAUUUCCUCAUUUAUUAUAUUCAUUAAGUUUGCAAAAUAUAAUUUCUGAAUAUUUAAUUCUUGUUGUUAAAUUGAUCAACUUUCCCAUAUUUAUAUAUACACGUUUACUUUUGCAUCUGAUGCGAUGGUGAUAGCAGUAUUGCUGGGCCUGUUUUUCUCAUUUUAUAUUAAUGUUAAUGCAAUGUUAAUGUUAGGUGAUACUUAAAAUGAAGACUUUAUUUUAUGAUUGUUGUAGCUUUCAAAGAUUAAUUUGUAUGUUUUGUGAUAGGAAAUUGCAUUUUUUGGUCAAAUAUUUCCAUAUCAACUGAAGAAGAUUACUUCCUUUCUCAAUUUCCCAAUGAGCUUUUAUUGUUAUAGGAUCCAGAGGUUUUCAGUUUCUCUCACCAGUAUGCAGAAUUUUAUUAUGAAUUUUCUCUUCUCAAUAUGAAGUAUGAUAAUUUUAAGUUCUUAAAAUACAAGCUGAAUGGGGCAUUUCCAGAUCAAGUUACUUAAAAUUAAUUAAAAAUUAUUAAAUUGUUUGCAAAUUACUAAAUUUGAAUUUUUUUUAAUAUAAAAAGUAACAAUUUGUUUAAGUAUUCAAUAUUUCCUUUUCUUGAUUAGUUGGAAUUUUUAUGUGCCAAAAAAAACUUCUGUCCUCUAUUUCAAAUAUUAUUAGUUUUAUUUAAUUUUUUAUUUAUCUGGCUAUGUAAUUUUUGGGCUUUUUGUCUGCAUAAGUCAGAAGAAGACUGAGAGAAAUAUAAAAUAUAUGUUAUAUUUUGCUAUUCUAGCUUAAGAUUCUAACUAUAUGUUUUCUUGAGCCAAUGGCUAUUAUCUUCUAAUUUUAAAAAUCAAAAGUAGGUUGAUUUUUAAAUAUAAGAAGAACUAGGAGUCCUUACUUUGCUUUUUGGCAUUAGAUAUUGUUUUUCUAUCUUAUAAAUCAUUCUGUGCAUUUAAGUCAUGUGUGAUGGUGAAUUUUUUUAUAUAAAAUCUUUCCUUUGUUAGCAGAAUGUAUGUUAAUUUUAUUCAAAUAUGUCUUAAUUUCUGCUGCAUGGUUACACCAAUGAACUAUGUCUUUUAGAGAGAAAUGAAAAUAUUUGACUAACAUAAUAGAAUUUGUAUAAUUUUAAUACAUUGUAAAUUUUUUAACUAUUUUCACUAUAAUGUAAAAUUUAAAUUUUUGUUAUGAUGUGUUUCAAUGUAAUUUGGAAACCUCUGGUUCACGUACAUAAAACAAGCUUUUGAAUUUAGCAUUUAUGCUUAUUCCAGUCAUAUCAGCCAGUAUUAGAUUAAUCAUUCUUUCCUCUUAGAAAACAAUUAUGUGUGUUUUUAUAAAUGUAACAAAUUUUCAAUAAUUUUGUUCUGAAUAAAAUUUUGACAACUGUAACUGGCAGCUUAUUAGGGAUCCCACAAUUGUAUAAAGGAGAAUUCAUUGUCAUGUGUCUACAUGAAUAUAUAUGAGCUGUUUUGUUAUUUUUUUACAAUUAUUAUUGUAUUUUAUAAUAAUUGUAUAAUAUUAUCAUUUCAUGAAUAUAAUGUGAUCAAAUAAUGCUUAAAAUAUUGCUGGAAUUUCAAUGCAUUGAUUUGGUUUAUAUUUUUUGUACGUAAGGAAAUUUAUGUUGAGUAUAUAAUCAAAUUUUAAAUCAUUAUAAGGAUUAAUUUCCUGAACAUUUCCUUAAUUAACAUAUCUUUAAUUCAAAAAUAAGAGUCUUUUUGGAAUGUGCAAUUAGUUGAAAAUUAUGUGUGUUUAUAUAAUUGAAUAAUGUUUAUUUGUAUAUAAAAAACAUUUAUGUUUGUUUAUAUCUUUAGUAAAUUAUUUUGACUUCUGAUUAAUUUAUAUGGAUGUAGAAAUAUUUAUAAUAUCAAGGUUGUGAUAUUUCCAAGUCAUUUAUAUAAUAUAUAUAUAUCCUUAAGAUUAAGCCUAAAUAAUUGUUUUAAAAUUCUUUUUGUGGAAAGCAAUUUUUAUUAUUCUAGCAAUUAUCCAGCAAUUUUUAUGUCAUUAUUAAUCAUGAAAUAAUAAUAUUUCAAAAUUUUAUGAAAAUUGUUCCAUUUAUAAUUAUUUUAAUUUUUUAUAUAUAUAUAUAUAUUUUAGAUUGCAAUUUGAAAGAAAUUUCUAAUCUACGCUUAAUGUAUGGUUUUUGAUUCUAGAAGCAAAAAACUGCUUCACUUUUUCUAAUAAUAAAGAUCAGAGUGUAUGUGUUUGUGUUGGUGCACAGACCAUUUAACAUAGAGCUGCCAAAUUUGUUAUAUACUUUGGGAGACAGAAAUCUUCACCACUGAGUGUUUUUUUUUUUUCUGUUAACAUUUUUAUUAAUUAAAAAGUACCUGAAAUUCUGGUGUGUCUCUAUAAUAACUUCGAAAAUAUUGCAUGAAAAUGAAUUUUUUUUAAAAAAUUAUUUUUUCUCCAAUUUCCAACAGUAAUAUUGUUGCCCUGAAGUUCAAACUGUUUUCAUUAUUUCAUAUCUGAUUUGCAGGAUUUUUUUCCCAAUAUUGAAAGUUAAAGAAAAAGGAUUCUGUUUAAUAUUUGUGUAGUUUACAAGACAAAUAAAAUAGCUAAUUUACUAUGUCGUGAAAUUUAAAAGAUAGCUGAAUUAAAUAUUUAUAUCUCUAAUGCUGCUGUGAUGUUAUUGAACUGGUUCUAUUAGAAAGGUGCAUGUACACAAUAAAUAAAAUGUAAGUAAAACAAAUGAAAUGACAUGAUCUUAAUAUCAGAUAAUUGAGCAAAAUGAUGGACAUGAUAUUAUAUCUAAACUAUUUGUUUGAAAUCAUAUGUAAGCAAUAUUUCCAGCAAUAAGUUAGUUGUCCGAGGUGACUAGUUUUAAAUAACUGAAAGAUUUGUUGUUUUCCUUAACCAUUUUCUUCAAUUGAAUUGCUCUUCUAAUUUUCCUCCAGUACUAAUUGAUCAAUUUUUAAAAUGUAGGGGACUAAAAAAGAAAAGGGAGUAAAACUGUCUGCAAGCAGAUUUGAGAAGACAAAUUAAUUCCAUUUGGGAGAAAGUGUGAUCUUUUGGGGAUAAAACUGUCAAAAAAUAUUUCAACUCUUGGUUUUGUUUCAGAACUACAAAUAUUUAAAUUUAUCAUGACUUUUUUAUUACUUUUUUUUUACUUAUUUUUUUUAUUAUUAUUAUUAUGUUAAGCAUCUUCAUAUCUUCUUUCUAAUCAUUUUCAAAUGUUCUAAACUCCAGUUUUUUUUAAAGCUGUUUCUUAAAUUCAGAAGUCGGUUAUUAAUGUAUUCAUAAAUCAUAACCUGUUAAUGUGAUGUGUCAACUCAGGUUGUCCACAACAUCUGACCAUGGUUUGGAAUUGAGGUCCAUUCCUAAUAAACCUUGGAGUUGCUUUAAAAUGGGAUGUUAAUAUAACUAAACUAAAUAUUUCAUUAUAUCAUUCUCUAUAUGCUAUUUGAUUUUUUAAAAAAUUAAUCAAAUAUCUUAACAUCUUACGUACUUUAUUAUAUUCUUUAAGUUAAGCUGAAAAUAAUAAUUAUACAAUUGUUUUGAAAAAUUUGUAUACCUAUGUAACAUCAUUUCUAUAAUGAAAAUUUCAUCAAAUGAAAAAAGAAUAUUAGUUAGAGGAAUUUUUCAUUUGGUACUUAUCAUUAAUUGCUUUUUUGUAAUAGGAGGAAUUCCAAGUAAGAAUAUGUGUUUUUUAAAUUGAUAUUUCAUUUUCAGAUGUAAUUUAUUAAAAUAUAAUUCUGCUAUAUGAUCUACUGCUAUAGAUUUAUUACUUAAUUUUAUUUCUCAUAUUUUUAUUUGGUCACACUUUUUCAACUCUGUUCAAUCAUACUUUUUUAGAUUGCAAUGACCCUCCUGAAGAUAGUGGUAUUUGAAAUAUAUUGUUAAAUUGGAAUUGACUGAAAUUAUGCAAAUCUGUUUUUAAGUUGUUGCAUUUUAGAGUAAAAUCAAAAUUUAAUUUUAUUUUCAGUAAAAAAAUCUAUCAUAUUAUUAUAAACUUGAAAAGAAGAAAGCCCAUAUUUCAUUUAUGUUGUUUAACAAAUUGAUGUGAAACAAAAACUAUAAUUGUUGGUUUAUUAUAUGUAAAUAAUGUUUUGAAAGAAAUGGCAGAAUUUUUUUAACAUUAGGAGUUCUAUAUUUUAAAGCCCUGAAUUUAGCAUUUACUCAUUUGAAAUUGCAAAACUUUGUAUGUAUUUGAGCUUAUUUAAUUUGAAAAAUAUCAAUUUGCAUCCAAAAAUUGGGUAUUGCCAUUUGGGAAACAUUUAACAUGAAGACUGCCCCUUGCAUUCCCAAAAAUUGCUUAUUCUUUUAAAGAGCAUUUUCCUAGGAUGAUUCGGAAUUUCAGUUAUAAUAUACAAUAAUUAACCUCUGGGUAAUGAACAGCAAUUCAAUACUUUUUUCAUAGACUGUCCGUACUAACCAAUGAUCGGAGAAAAAAAUAUCUGUUGGUAUUGGAUCUAUACCACUCUCAAGGAAAAAGAGAUACUUUGUUUAAAUCAUUAAUUUUUUUGUCAUGUUUCUUACUUUCUGACAAGUUUUGAAACAUGACUGUAAGAAUGUGUGGCUGGCUUUUCAUCCUUUUAGUGUGCUGUUACAAACAAUUUUUGGAACAACAUUUUUAAAAAUUUACUUUUCUUAAAUGUAUAUUGCUGUUCUGUAUAUGAUAAAUUAGUGCUUUUGUAUCUUGUAUGAAUGAUUGCAUAAUAUUUUUUUUUUCUCAUUUUCCUUUAAAUUUGGAUUCAGUACACUGAAUUAUUAUUAAUUGAGAUAUUAUUUUUCAGUUACUUUUUAUUUUCAAAAUAGCUACAUAAAUAUGCUUUUAUAAUUUUUCUGUUUUCAUUUUUAUAUUUGAUUUUGUAUGACAUAUUUUUAUUUGCUCAACUUCUCAAAAGUAAGGUUGUUUUCCAUUCCUUAAUUCUUUUCUCAGUCUAUUUUGUCAUAAAUAUUUUAACAAAUUUUAAUAAUCUUCUUUGGAAAUUUAAUUUUUUAAUGUUCUUUUGAUUAUAUUAAUAUAAUGUUCCUUUAAAAUGCUGGCAAGGCAGAUCAUAAUACUGUGUUAUGUUGUUAAUAUUAUAUGCUAAUAUAAACAGUGCUGUAGAACAUUCAUAUGUACAUUCAGAAGCUUAUAAUGUGUGUGCUAGUAUUUAGAUAAGGAGUAAACAUAUCACACAUAUUAACUCCUUUUCUUUGAGUAUAUUCAUUGCUCAACAUCGCAUUCCACCUCAAAUUCUGUAGAGUUCCUUCUAACUUAUUAAACCAAAUAACUGUUGUUGUUUUUUUUAUGUGCUUCUGUAUCAUGAAUUAGUUUUGUUGAAGGUUAGUUACAAUGAUGACUACAUCAUCCCUAUACAAUAAUGAUGUAGUGUAAGCUGUAUGUGCAUGUAAUGCAUUUCAAAUUUAUAUUGUAAACAACUUUACUGUAAAUAUUUAUUACUGCCAAAAAGCAUUCUUUAAAUCUUAUCUGAUAUUCUAAAACCAUUUUUUGUUAGUUUCUUAUAAUCUGAAAUGCUUUAUUGAAAUCAUUGUAUAGGGAUAGAGAUUGAAAUAAUUUUUGGUGUUUAAAAAUGCCCCAAGAAUUUUUUUAUUUAUUUAAAACAUUUUUAUAUGUCUAAUAGAAAUGUAAUACAUAAAUAAGAAAUGAAAAAUAAUUUUCCCUUAAUGUAGAUUGUAAUUUUAUGAGCUUUUUAAAAAUGAAAUUAUUGGCUACUCAUUCUUAAAAAGAAAUAAUAAAAGUAAAUGCAACUCAUGAAAUUCCAUUUAAUGAUAUAUCUUUUUUAAAAGCUAUUUGUCUAAUCAUUGAAUAACUAACUAUAAGUGAUAAUAAAUAAUGUAAAUAAAACUGUUACUGGAUCUUAUUAAAUAGGCAGAUCAAUUCUGUUUUUGCUGCAUUGACUUGGAUAUCUGUGCUGCAGUCAGUAAUUAAAAAUAAGGGAUUUCCAAUACAAAUGUGAGAUGUAAAUAAAUAUUGUAUUUUUUUUCUCAUAACAUGAAGAGGUAUCAAUAAUAUGAUGAUGUAUUGAAGAACUAUAAAACUUUUCUUUAUUUUUAAUACUAAAUUUUUUUAAAUUUUCACAGUAGAUUUAUCCGAAAUGCUCAAGUAAUCUUUAUAUAUUCUUCCAAUCAUUUUCCUGUUUUGUAAUUAUAAAGUAUUAUUUAUUUGUAUAUUCUUAAUUAAUUUAGUAUUAUGGUGAUUAAUAGAAUUUCUAAAGUAGUUAUAGAAAGUUAAUAAUUUAAUAUCUAUCUGUGAUGAAGACAAGAGCUAUUCAUAAUUGAUCAAAGAUUUGUGAUGAACAGAUGUCAGAGUUAGAGGUGCUUUCACAUAAUUCUCUAAAAGCUGCAGCUAUAGUUCAUGAUUGAAUUUGAUAAUGGCCUAAUUGAAUUUAGAUAAAAGUUAAUUUCAAGGAUUUUUUAAUUAUAUUUGUUGUUGCCUUUACAUAUUUAUAUAUGAUCUGUAGUUCAUAAACAUUUUUCCCCCUCUUUUCGAAGUUAAAAAAAAAAUUCUGUCUGUUAGGUGCUUUUUUAAUGUGUGUGAAUUUUCACUUUUUAAUAAAUAUUGAAAACAAAGUAGAAAGGAACUUGUGUUUUAAAUGUAGUAAGGGAAAGUAAAAACCAUUGGAAUGAAAACAUAUAUUUAUACUGAUUUAAGAUUUAGUCUGACAUGAAUUGAUUUUUUUUUAGGGUUAUCAGAUUUAAGAGUGACUUUUUUAUGCAAUUUUAAAAUUUGCUUUACUUUUUUUUUACACUAAAAGUGUAUGCAUUACAAAUAAAAUAUAAAAUUUAAUUCUGUUUUGACAUAUGUGACAGCUGGUUUAUUAUUAUCAAAUGAAAUUUAUUUAUUUGAAAUCAGCUUUGCUUCAUAGUUUUCAUUAUUAUUCUAAAUGACCAAUACAAAUUCAAUGCUUAAAUUUUCAUUGAUUUAUUUUAUAUAUUUGAGUUUUUCCUUUUGAUCAGUGUACAAUAUAAUUUUUAUAAUUUAUUUGUAUAAAAGAUUAUGCAAAUUUUGACCAUUGUAUUGGGGUUUUAAACUUUUGUUUUCUUACUUUACUGAAAUAACUAAUGAUUUAGUAUGUUAAUAACUAGUAUGCAGAUACCAAAGACAUUCAUAUGUGAUUUUUAUUAUUAUUAUCAAUAUAGAAUUUUACAUGUAAUUCACUUUUUCAAGUUUUUAUGUGCAAACACAAUAUUUAUAUAAAUAAAGAAAAAUCACUUUCUACUAAUUACAACUAUAUAAAAAUAAUCUUAUCGCAAUUUGAGGGUUUUUGUUUGUUUAUAAAUUCUGAAAUUGAGAUUGUCCUUUUCACCAAUAGAUUUUUUUUUUUUUUCUUUUGAAGUUGUGUUCAGAUACAGUUUUGCAAUUAGUUAAAGAUUGCUCCAUUUAGCAGCAUUACCUCAAAUCGCCCAUUUAAAUGCUAUCAACAGAAGCAUGGAUGUUGAUUGCAUUCAUUUAAAAGAAAAAAGUAGUUUUUAAUUAUGAGUUGCAGUGGCAUCAGAAUCAUUUAUAGUUAUUGAAUAUUCACUUUUUGUGUGUGUGCGUGCUACAUGCAGUGAGAUGUUGUGCCAAAUAUCAUACUUACCAUUUACAAUAAGUAAAAUCGUAUUGCAUUAUCACUUUACAUUUGCAAGCACAGCCAGUGUCUGCUCCACUUUUUUAUUUUUACAGUUAUCUUUAGUUUUAGGAAAAUAUCUAUUAAUUAUUCAUAUGCAUUCAGUUUAGUUCUUCAAUCUAGGAUCAUAACUAAUAUAAUCAGAAAAAUUUUCUAAGCUAGUAGUUCUAUUUAACCUUAAAUCUAUCCAAGGUUUAAAAAAAAAUAAUAUUCUACUCUAAAUCUUUAGAAUGCAAUAUGAAUAAUUUUUCUGUUAUAUUUAUAGAAGAGUUAUUUGGUGAUUUUCUAUUUAUUUAUUUUCUAAGAAUUUAUGAAACUUCAAUAUUUUUUGUAAAGGCAUAUAUUAUUAAAUCUAUAUUUUUUCCAACCUGCAUGCUGGAAUUUUAAGAAUAUGCUAUUUAUGAAACAAUAUUGCAAACUUUCUUUUUAUGUGUAGCAUCAAAUUAUAUAACAAAAAAAUUAAGGAAACUGCUCUGCUGUGUACAUAUUUUAAGUUGAAAACAUUUACAUUAAUUAGCAUAAUUAGGAAGUAAAUUAUUACAAUUGCAAUCAAAUUAAUUAUCAUGAAUAUAAAUUAUCAAUUUAACAAUUAAUGAGAUCUAUUUAUUCUUCUGCCUUAAGUACUAUUUAUAGGAAACUUUUAUAUAACUUGUUUUUGCAUUGUAUAAUUAAACAAAUUACUUAAACAUAUUGUUUCUUAGAAGAAUUUCUAUAGAUUCUUUCAUAAACAUCCUGUAUUAAAACAUUGAAAUGUUUGCCAUGAAAAUGUACCUUUGAUAUUUUGCAGUCAUUUUUUGAAUUUGAUUUUUAAUAAUUUUUCUUUGAAAAAUGCUCAUUAGUAAUGUAUUAUGUAGAUAUUUUCAUAUUUCUCUUAACCUGAAAUAAAAGGAGGAUUCUAGUCUAUGAAGACUGCAUUAUAGAGUUCCUUUUUUAUUAUUUCUUGAAGAAUGGUAUAAAGUAUAUUUAUUUUUGUGAAAGACUGAGGGUUGUUUGAAGUUUAUUUAUUGUUUAGAUAUAGAUUAUGCUGUGGUUUAUACUUAAUUUAUUGUACACUUUUUUUAAGUUUCAUGAACUUAUAAGCAUAAUGUGCCCAGUAUUAAUCGCUAAAUCCAUCCUUAAAUGCCUGUUAGUGUUAAAAUGCCUGAGGAGUGAAACAAUAAGAGUUUACAAGAUAUAUUUUGUGUGGAAAGUGAUUUUUUAUGCCAGUUGAUCUGCGAUAUAGUGCUUUGCCCCUUCCUGUUUGCCAUCUAUAUCAGAUUAUUCUUGAUUGUUGCACAUUUUGUUUUUAACUUCCAUCUUGUGUAUAUUUGUAACUAGUGUGUUAAUUAUUCAAUAAAAAGUAUUGUAGAGAA